CAUAACAUUCAAAAGAUUUCUCCUGACGGAAAACUUAAACAAUAACAUUUAAGGAUGACGCAAUUAUCGACCUGCCUGUGACUAAUAACACCGACACAAGCUGUGUAAUCUAUAACUAUCUUUUUCGCACUCGCGCAUCUAUUAACAUUAAUAACACUUCUACAGUUCCAAUUCUACUCAGUAAGCGUCCUUGUCGUGCGUGAUAACAGACGUCUUGCGACGUAAACGUUAUAAAUAUUUUUUUCCCUAUCAAUUUUAUUAAGAGAGUUCCAGGUCACAGUGAAAACAGUAUUUCCUAAACUUUAUCAAGCCAUAUUAUUGGAAUCAGCUCAAUUGCUUGGACAGCAGAUACAAAGUUGGCAUCUAAACGUAAGCUAUUUUAAUAAUUGGUGCUGUGUAUAAUUGAGUUCGAGGCAAACCGGUUUUAUUGUGAGAAUUGAGCCGAGUCCACGUUCAACAGGCUAUUUGAAAAAACAAAUUCAUUUUUUACAAAAAGACAUGAAAUUAAAUAAAAGCCAAAUAAUUGUUGUGAUUUUCAAUAAUCGAAAAAGAUUUUGUUCCAAAUUUAAAAAUUAAUGUAAACAGUUUCUAAACAUACUUAGUGUACGUCAUUGAAUACCAAAUUUUUUUCUCCGAUAACCAAGUCUGUGGAUGCAUAGGCGCCGUCCUAGAUGCUUUGUACUUUUAUCGAUUAAUUUAAUGAUUUAUUUUCAGAUGAGUAAACAGAAAGAGUCUAAGUUUCAUGUGAUUGAGUUAUUCCAACCUCCCUACAUAGAUCCUGAAAAAUAUGUUUGCGUUCCGAAUUCUUGGAUGAGGUUACGUGAAACAACAGAUGGUCCAGCUCUUGUUAAAUUUCCCGUUGAAGAACUAUCAAAAAUAAAGAAACGUGUUAAGAAACAAGAAUUCUCAGAAAACUGGACAGUUUUUUUAGCUAAUAUAAAAUACAGUACAAACUCAUAUAAAGACGCAAGGAACUAUAUCAAGAUACUGAAUAAAAUAUCCGAUCAAGAGCAGAGCAGCACGAAAAUAGUCGAAGAUGUAACACCAACAUCGAACAAGAAAGUACUCGAAUACCAAUCGAGCUCAGAAACAAAUAAAUUCUGUACAACUUCAACUCAAAACAGUGAUGCGGAACCAGUGAGUAAAGAAAUAUCAAAGCAACUAGACUUGACUAAUGCCGAGGUAAGAAUAGGCCGAACGGAAAGUGAAGUUGGAACUGCCGAUUCUUCCCUCAAAGCCAGAAGAUAUUGGACAAGACAGUUACUCAAAAUAUCUUUAUCAGGCAAUAAUACCGUUAGUUUGCCAGAUCAAUCUACAAAAGAGAAUCUUCCGAAAACUAGCCAUUGUGUUGAAGAGAGCAGUAAAACUAACAACAACCAAGAAAAUGAACUAUCAGCCAAGAAUUCUUCAGAGUUAAUAAGAAAAUGGCAAAUUGUAACGGCUCUACGGUCAGUCUUUGGUGAUAAUUUCAAAGAAAUAUUGGAACAACUUCAUAGUGAUUAUGAAAAAAACCAUUUAAUGUUAGAGAAAAUGCGGCUUGCGUUUAUAGAAAAUUGUAAUAUCAUAAAAGGGUUGAUUCAGCUAACGAAUGAAGUCAGUAAUGGUCCUGAUAUUAGUGAUCUAGAUUCUACAUUCAAAGAAUUAAAAAAUAGUAUGAUGGCAUUAAAUAUAAAUGAAAACGAUUCAGAUAAAGAAACCAGAUCAACAGUACAAAAUGAUACUCGAAAAAAGGAAGAGAAGAAACACAACAGUGAUGGUACAGAAGUUAAAAAUAAUAAUCCACUGUAUAAGAUCCGUUGCCAAACGCGCAAGUUUACUUUACCACCAGAAUACGAUCCGAAUGACUCAAGAUGGACCCUAAAACAUCGGAAAAAGAAAAGUGGUCUCGUUGAACUUCUACUACAUUCACGGGUAUACAUAGACGCCAUUCAGUUAAGUAAUAUUAAAAUAACGUCGAAAGACAGCAAAACCCUUGCACGAAAGUUGUUACUAGAAAUUUUUACCGAGAACGCAUUAAGUAUAUGUUCUCUAACUGGAAAAAAAGCCAAUGCAUUUGACUUGAAGGGAACAAGUGUAAGGCCCGGUCUAGAUAAACAUGCAAGAACUAUUUUAUUGAACUAUGUUAAAAAACAUGCGGCUGAACAAAAUUGGGUUGAAUUUGAUUUGCAGCUAAUUUCGAACACUAUUCGUAACAAAAUGCAAGAAAUGAGAAGCAAACAUCAAAAUAUUGUCGAAAAAUAAUUAGGCUGUAAGGAAAUAUUGCUGGCGUGAUCAUUUAAUUAAUUAGCUGAUUUAAAUAUUAGCAGAACCUGGUGGCCUCGAAUUUUCACAAAAUCGAUUUUUUUUUUUUUUAUAUUUAAAAAGUAUAGUCUUUUAAGACUAUACUAUCAAAUUUUUGCAAUAAGAUUGAAGAUAUUUCAAGUUCUGCAGGUCAGCGCAAAAUCAGAUACAAGAGUAAAUAAUACUUACUUCAAACUUAAAGCUGAUUUAUCUCGAAACUGCUUUUUUCUGCACAACGCAUGACAGAAUUGAAACUCAUCAUAAUUUUACAUGCUCUAGACCACCGGAUCUCUCUAAUAUUAUAUUAAGUUUACAUAAUUAAAAACAAUAGAUUAAUGGAGAAAAAAUAGCAAUAUUUACUAUUUGUGCAGUACUCAGUACUGCAUUGGAAAGAAAUGAGGUCAAAAUCAUUGCGACAAUACAGGGCGCUAUGUAAAAACUACUGGCUCCUGUUUGUACAUUACUGAGUCGUGCGCUGGUAUUAUUAACCAGUCGUGUGUCACGCAGCACUCUCUAUUGUCUAUGAAUAUUUUUGUAAAAUACUUCUGAGAACUAUACGAAACAAUAAUCGUUGCUGCUUUUUUUC